AGUCUUUUGUUGCUCCUUAUUCGAUCGCGGUCGCGUUUAUCGGUGUGCUGCCUUGUUUCUUACUAGAGUUGAUAUCGCUCCGCUGCCACUCCGUCUCUCUACCCCACCAUGGGCACCCCUCCGCCGUUCCUCCCGCCCGUGAAAGGCGCCUCUGCGAAGAAGGCCCCACAGCAGUCACGACUGGCCAACGGCAAUGGCAGCGGCAACACCAACAACGCAUCCCACCGCUAUCACAAGUGCGGCUGCUACAGUCACGAGGACAACUUACCGAACUACAAGCUCCUCGCCAUCCCACGCACUAACAACUACUACGCGGCGACCGGUGGCUGCCCGUGCAUCCCGCGCGUGGCCGCCCGCCCGGGGAGCUGGCGCAUGAAGAAGUCCCAGCUGCGCUCCUCCACCCACCGCUGCGGCAACGGCUGCACCAAGAAUGAGAAGUCCACCAGCGGGGGGCCGUGCUGCCACCACAGCGGUGACCAAUACGGGUGGCGUCCUGGGCCGCACACGGUGCUGGACAAGAACACCGCGGCCACGGGCAAGUGCGACACCUUCGGCAACCUCGCCUUCAAGUCUAAGUCACGCGCGUACCGCCCCAUCGAGGACGACAUCAGCGACGUGAGCAGCGCCUCCCCGCAGAAGCUGGAGGACCUGAACGCGCUCAUUCUCGAGGAGCACCAGCAGCGCAUGCGCGUUGAGGCGGACAUCGAUGAGCUCGCGGAGAUCCAGCGAAACGGCACGGCCGAGGUGUACAAGAAGGAGUUCGAGGAGGCCCGUCGUCGCCGCCUACUGGCGCAGCUGUCGGAGGCAGAACUGCAGGAGCUACUGCGUGAAGUGAAGGACGUCUCGGACCGUCCACUGAACCAGACGAACAUGGAGCUGCUGCAGCGCAUCCUGCAGCGCCAAGACCACCUUCAGCGUCAGCGCGAGUACUACGCGGCUCAGGCAUAA